GCGGGGACCCCCGGGAGAGCCCCGCUCCUACCUGGGUGGCGGGAGCUCCGGGCUCUGAAAAAUAACGGCGGCCCCGAGGGUGGCACUAAAGGGGGGCGGGGGGCGUAAAGUGAAGUACCGGGAGCAGCGGGGAAUCUCGGCGUUCCCCUGUAAUCCCCCUGCCCGCCUGGUAGUUCCUCCCAUCCCCGUAAAAAAUCCUGCCGUGAAGACGAUAGCGAACGAGGCACCGCACGCUGGAGAGUGCACCAGGUCCAGGGUGGUUUUCCCCUAUUUAAUAACACAAAAAUACAGAAGGGAGGAGGAGAGAUACUCUCCUGCUUUCAGUUUCCAGAGUGGAAGGGUUUCCGAGUGCCUGGUAUUCGGGAAGACUUAAAACGCGAAUCCCCGCCGUAAAACACACUGAAAUACUGUUGUGCUGAGGAAGAAAACGACUCCCUGCUCCUUCUUUUUUUUUCCCCUUUUCUUUUUUCUUCCCCCCCUCCUUUCUUCUUGCCUGAAUUAGAAGCUCCAGGAAUGUGCUAAUUGGCGGCGGCCUCUUCAGAAAGGAAAAUGGAUGUUGUUAUGUGAAGGCAUCGAGGAAACAGUCCCCAGGUACCGAGAGGAAGAAAGGCCGGUGGGAAAUACUCAGAUUGAGGGAUUUUAAUGGCUUUCAGGUAGAAGAAAGUGGAGACAAUCAAAAUGAAUUCUAUGGACAGGCACAUACAGCAGACCAAUGACCGGCUGCAGUGCAUAAAACAGCACUUACAGAACCCUGCAAACUUCCAUAAUGCAGCAACAGAGCUCCUGGACUGGUGCGGAGACCCCAGAGCUUUCCAGAGACCUUUUGAGCAGAGCCUGAUGGGUUGUUUGACGGUGGUUAGUCGAGUGGCAGCUCAGCAAGGGUUUGACUUGGAUCUUGGAUACAGACUACUGGCAGUAUGUGCAGCCAACAGGGACAAAUUCACUCCAAAAUCAGCUGCGCUGCUUUCGUCGUGGUGUGAGGAGCUGGGACGGCUCUUGCUGCUUCGCCACCAGAAGAGCCGGCAGAACGACCCUCCAGGGAAGCUCCCCAUGCAACCCCCCAUGAACUCUAUGAGCUCCAUGAAACCCACCCUCUCUCAUAGUGAUGGGUCUUUCCCUUACGAUUCUGUUCCCUGGCAGCAAAAUACCAACCAGCCUCCAGGCUCUUUAUCAGUGGUCACCACAGUAUGGGGUGUGACUAACACCUCUCAAAGCCAGGUGCUGGGAAAUCCAAUGGCAAAUGCUAACAACCCUAUGAACCCAGCAGGAAACCCCGUGGCUUCUGGGAUGACUACCAGCAACCCUGGAAUCAAUUCCCCUCAGUUUGCUGGACAGCAGCAACAGUUUUCAGCCAAGGCAGGCUCCACUCAGCCAUACAUACAGCAGGGCAUGUAUGGGAGACCCAAUUACCCUGGAAGUGGAGGCUUUGGUGGCAGUUACCCCGGAGGCCCCAACACCCCGGGGGGAAUGGGGAUCCCCCCCCACACGAGGCCGCCCGCCGAUUUCACCCAGCCUGCUGCGGCUGCCGCCGCCGCUGCCGUGGCCGCUGCCGCCGCCACAGCCACAGCCACGGCCACGGCCACUGUGGCAGCCCUUCAGGAGACACAGAACAAGGACAUGAACCAAUAUGGACCGGUUUGUUCCUCUUUCCAGAUGGGUCCAACUCAGGCUUACAACAACCAGUUUAUGAACCAGCCUGGUCCACGUGGCCCUGCUUCUAUGCCAGGCAACAUGAACCCAGCGAGCAUGGGAGCGGGAAUGACACCUUCCAGCAUGAGCGGGCCGCCCAUGGGCAUGAAUCAGCCUCGACCUCCUGGGAUGAGUCCCUUCAGCACCCAUGGGCAGAGGAUGCCUCAGCAAGCCUACCCAGGCCCACGCCCUCAGUCUUUGCCUAUACAGAGCAUAAAGAGACCGUACCCAGGAGAGCCGAACUAUGGAAACCAGCAGUAUGGACCAAAUAGCCAGUUUCCAAACCAGCCUGGUCAGUACCCCACUCCCAACCCUCCAAGACCUCUCACGUCUCCCAACUAUCCUGGACAGAGGAUGCCAAGCCAGCAAAACACAGGGCAGUACCCUCCUCCAACAGUCAACAUGGGACAGUAUUACAAGCCAUCAAGGCCUGUACCUGUGGCAAAUUACCCUCAUUCACCCGUUCCAGGAAACCCCACGCCACCUAUGACUCCAGGGAGCAAUAUUCCUCCAUACCUGUCACCUAACCAGGAUGUCAAACCACCAUUCCCACCUGACAUUAAACCAAAUAUCAAUGCUUUACCACCACCACCAACCAACCACAACGACGAGCUGCGCCUGACCUUCCCCGUGAGGGACGGGGUUGUCCUGGAGCCCUUCCGCCUGGAGCACAACCUGGCAGUCAGCAACCACGUCUUUCACUUGCGGCCGACCGUUCAUCAGACGCUGAUGUGGAGGUCUGACUUGGAAUUACAGUUCAAGUGCUAUCACCACGAAGACAGACAAAUGAACACAAACUGGCCAGCUUCAGUCCAGGUCAGCGUUAAUGCAACCCCACUUACCAUCGAGCGUGGUGACAACAAGACAUCUCAUAAACCUCUGCACCUAAAGCACGUCUGCCAGCCAGGAAGAAACACGAUUCAAAUUACAGUCACAGCGUGUUGUUGUUCACACUUGUUCGUGUUGCAGUUAGUACACCGGCCAUCAGUUCGCUCCGUACUUCAAGGUCUACUAAAGAAACGCCUCCUCCCAGCAGAACAUUGUAUCACUAAGAUAAAGAGGAACUUCAGUAGUGUAGCAGCUUCCUCUGGCAAUGCAACACUAAAUGGGGAAGAUGGAGUAGAGCAAACUGCUAUUAAAGUGUCUCUGAAGUGUCCCAUCACAUUCCGGCGGAUUCAGCUCCCAGCAAGGGGCCACGAUUGCAAACAUGUACAAUGCUUUGAUCUGGAAUCUUACUUGCAACUGAACUGUGAAAGAGGAACUUGGAGGUGUCCGGUAUGCAAUAAAACUGCUCUGCUGGAGGGCUUGGAGGUUGACCAGUAUAUGUGGGGUAUUCUGAAUGCUAUACAGAACGCAGAGUUUGAGGAAGUUACCAUCGAUCCAACUUGCAGUUGGAGGCCAGUCCCUAUCAAGUCAGAUAUUCACAUCAAAGAUGACCCAGAUGGCAUUCCCUCAAAAAGAUUUAAGACUAUGAGUCCAAGCCAGAUGAUCAUGCCAAAUGUGAUGGAGAUGAUUGCAGCUUUGGGUCCUGGGCCAUCGCCUUACCCAUCCCUACCCCCUCCUCCAGGAGGCAACAACUCCACUGAGUAUGGCAACCAAGGCAACAGUUACCAAGGUCAUGGCAAUUUUGACUUCCCGCAUGGGAAUCCUGGUGGCACGUCUAUGAAUGACUUCAUGCAUGGGCCCCAGCUGUCACACCCCCCAGACAUGCCAAGCAGCAUGGCAGCUCUCGACAAACCUCUCAGUCACCCCAUGCAGGAAUCUAUCCCUCAUCCCGGCAGCACUGAUCAGUCCCAUACUUCCAUGCAGCAAGGUUUGCACGUCCCUCACCCCAGCAGCCAGUCAGGGCAGCCAUUACAUCACAGCGGGCCUCCUACCCAGCAGUCCCGGCAGCCGCCCCCGGCCGCUUCUAGCAACCAUCCACACAGUGACCUGACCUUUAAUCCCUCCUCAGCCUUAGAGGGUCAGGCUGGUGGACAGGGAGCACCCGACAUGCCGGAGCCCUCGCUGGAUCUGCUUCCAGAACUCACAAAUCCAGAUGAGCUUCUUUCGUACCUGGAUCCUCCUGAUUUGCCAAGCAAUAGCAAUGACGACCUUCUGUCUCUCUUUGAGAACAACUGAAACCAUAUGUAUUCUCCCACCCCUUUCACUUGUUCACACGUGUGUGGCUGCACAGCGAGGAAUCUUAACACUCCUUUUCCACGAGAGAAGAAAAAAUAAAACCAACCUCACAACUUGAUCCAAUGGUGCACUCCCUGCUUUCUUCAUCUCAGAACUGCUAUUGUCAGCGUCAAAGACUGCGAAAGUGACGGGAGGAAAAAACCACAACCCACAAGAACUGAGGAACUGCAGUGAUCUCCCAGUCUGCCACGCUACACGUGACAGAAGUGCAGACAGUUGUGCAGCUGUUGGAAACCCCAUUUGUUGUUCAUCCUCUAGAGAGAGAGUUCUGUGAUAACCAUAGUGUGAAGUAUCUUGGCAAAAAUGAAUCUUGGCAAGGGAAGAAAAGGCAACAAAAUGGAACUGUCUUUAACUGACCCGUCUCAGAGUGUCCUUCCAACGCGUGUUCUUCCAUUGUUUGAAACUGUAUCUCCCUCUGCCCCCUGCUCCCCUCUGCGCCCCCCACUCCAGCCACAGCGGUGCGUUGGAGCUCUUGUCCUGGCCACACACAAAAUAGAGAAACAAACACACGUACAAAGCUCAAAAAGAAAGCAAAAAAGCACAAAUCCCCCAGUCAAAUGGCGAAGGUAGGGAAGGGAAGAGCUGCAGGCCUGCCCGAGGGAGCUGCAGUGCCGCAGCAGUGGAGUCCUGAGUGUCUCCAGGAUUGCUGCAAGUGCAGGAGUGUCACCUACCUCUGCACAGCAGAGCAGAGCAUUCCUCUGACCAAACACACAGAUUGGAAACACCCAGGAAAAACCUUUUUCUUUAUUUUUUCUCCCCAAAAAAAGGAGUUUUCAAUGUUUAGGGGAUGUUGUUUUGUGCUUUUGGUUUCCAGUCAGCACCGUGUGUGGCUGCGUUCCCAUCCCGCAGGAGACGUGCUUGCCAUGCAGAUUGGCAAAGAGAGGGAGGGGGGAUGCAAACCAGACCGUUCCUGGCUGUUACCUACAGCCUCGGGUGCCCUGAGCCUUGUGUGUGUCGCUGUCCUGCACAGCACGUGGCGGGACGAGCUGGAUGGAAGGCAGCCAGGGAGGCGGUUGCAGGAUGGAGGGAGAGUCACAUCACUGCCCUCAUCAUUCUGUGUCAGAAUUGGCUUGAGGCGGGGCGUUGACGUUGGACAGACAUCUCACAGCUUCAGUUUUGGUUUGCUUUGCGUUCCGUUUCCCUGACUGUUACGGAUAAUUCAGCCUUUUCCUUUUCUCCUCCUUCAGUUUCUUUCUUUAAGCUUUGGCUGCCGGGAUGAGCUCUUUCUCCUGAAGGACCGGGCAUGGGGAGAAUAAGUAACUUGUCAGUAGAUUGCUACUGCCCUCGAGAGACCCUGCUGCCACAAUCACUGUCUUGCCCCUGUGACCUGUGCUUCUCGUGUGGUUGCUGCUCCUGCAUGAGCUUCCUAUUGCUUCUGUGCCCAUUUCUGUGCUCUUCGUCUCUCUCUCUCUCUUUCCCUCUCCUAUAAAUGAUGUACAGUAGCUGUGUAAGAAGUGCAUGUGUGCCAACUUUGCCCUCGUGGUGCAACAUUUCAGCUUUUGCCCACUGUACAGUUAUUGGUUCCGUUUCUUUUUGUUACUAAAGCGAACUUGACCCUGCUCCUUUUUCCUCACCCCAGAUCCCAUCAGGCACCCUUUGUCAGCUCGCCACGACACUUUUUAAACUGAAGUGCCAGGCCAACUUGAGUUUGUUGCUGUUGGUUUGAGUAGCUCCCCCACCCGCUGUGUUCAAUUGGCAGUGCUGUAAAUGGCAUGCUCUGUGCUUACCACUGGAUUUGCUUUCCUCGCCAAAGUCCUGGUUGUAAAUUCUCUGCUGUUUCUGGGUCCUCUUGCUCUUUUUUGUUCCUGUUUCCCGCCACUGCUGUACGUGCAUCAUGAGCUAACGCGUGCGAGUCGGCAGCACCUCGCUGUAGAUAGUAAAGGAAAUGACGGUUUAGUUGUUUUAUUUUCCGGUAGGAGUAUGGAAUCUGUCAAACAUAUUCUGUAGAGAUGGUCCCACACUUAUAUUUUUCCUGUUUCGAGUUUUUUUAAGAAAGGCGCUGUUCAUUAUGCAAAAUCAAUUAUUUUAAGAACUGCUAUUGUAAAUAUCUCUGUGAAUAUUUUAGUAUCGUCUUUGAUAAUACUCAACAUUUUCAUGAUCUGGUUAUACUUUUGCUGGUGUUUUUAAAUACCUUGUCUGAAGAAAACAAACAAAUAUAGGUCCUUUUUUUAAACAAGAAAAUUGAGGGUUCUUUAACAGAAUAAGGGAGUUUGUUGGGUUUAUUUUUUUUUCCUCCCCCAUUUGCUUUUGAUAAAUUAUCCCAAAUUCCAUACCCCUGCUUAUGAGUGAUUGAAUGAACUGAUACAUCAGGGCCCAGCUCUGUCCUGGAAGCAUAAUAACCCCAAGUGAUUACCCGGGGCAAAGAAAACCCCCAACUGACUGACUGGUGUUUGUUACCUGUGGGUGAUGGUGGGCUGGUGACGGCAGAGAUGUAGUUGGUUGGCCCAAGUGAGCAGGACCCCGAGGGACAGUGGUGUGGGCAGGGAAAGGCACAUGAAUGCAGGCGGCGACCGUGGAGGUGCCACGUCUGGGGCUCUGGCCUCCAAAACCGGGGCAACUGUGACAGGGAUCUUGGGGGCUGAGGGGGGAACAGUUGAGUCUAUUUUAUUCUGCUUGGAAGUGUCUUUUUUUCUUAGUAGGCUUGACACUCUGUAGAGGCUCUCUGCAGAACGUUGCCAGUGCCGCGCUGUGGUACACGGUGACGUGGUCAUGGUGCUGCCCUCACACAGUUCCCAGGAGAGACCCUUCAGCUACAGACGUGUCAUGCAGCCAUUUUUCUGUCCUAGUUGCCCCCUGUAUUUUUGCUGCAAUGUUUAUAAUAGGUAUCAGAGCCCUUCGCAGGGGUGGCUAAUGAUAAAUGGACUUUUAUGCUCUUACAGUUGGGGGGGGUGUUGUUUGGAGGGAGAAGUUUCUUAAGCCAUAGGUUUGGGAAUAAAGAUUCCUCACUGUUAGUCGGAACCGGUUGCUCAGAUUGGUUUAAUUGAUUCUAUUGAGUGUUCCACCCUCCACUGAUGCCUGAGCAGCAAAUCAGUCACCUGAAGAGGUUUUCCUCUUAAACACGUUGAAAUACUUUGAACCAGGUGUGUUAAGGAUUGACCUUUUGCUAACUGGUAGUAUUUAAAAUGUAUAAUUUCAAAGUACCUGUUGGAAAGCAUAAAGGGAACCCUCCCACCCCACCCCCCCAGGUCUUAGCAAUAUGUUUGGAGCAGUGUUUGCAUCUGCUUUGUACAGUAACGGAGAACUAAAGUGGACAUUUUUCAGCUUAUGGAAACAUUUGUGUUUCUGAGCAGAACUUGAGAGAGAAAACACGAUUUUUACCCAUCACCCAAAUGGUGGACAUUUGAGACAGUUUUGCAACUCAAACUUACCUAAGAUCAGGUACUGUAUAGUGGAGUCAGUGUGAAAAAGCUUCUAAAAGAAAGUGUAGUUAUUUUUUUAUCUGUUCACUGCCAUAUUAAAAGUGUAGAGAGAAAACCCCCAAACCUAGCAAAUAGGGUAAUCACAGGCAUUUCUUUUAAAGCUUAAUUAUGAUAUGAAAUUCCAGUAGUAUUUUUUAUUCUUCUUUUUGUUUGUUUGUUUGUUUGUUUACCUUUUUUAACUGUUUCCCUCUGGAAGUUCAUCUGGGAAAGAACCCACAGAGAUCUACAGUUCUGCUGCCAAGACAUGAUCAUUCUAGGACUGACAGAUCCGCACCGGUGUCUGCAGCGGAGGCUCAAGGGACAGCUGUACAUAUGUAAAUGACAAAUAGAGACAUGUUGAACAGAAAUGCAUUCAUUUUCCUUGGAAUGUGCAUUGGGUUUUAUUUCGCAGGAGAAGACAAAAGCAAAACAAAAACACACACACACACAAAAAAAAACAAGCUUGAAGCUCCAUCAUAUGUGGGAAAUGAAUCCUGUUUGUUAAGCGUUCGUGGAGUCUCGGCAUCUGUUUCACUCUCACUUCUGUAAUAUACUCUGAUCCUUCGUUUUGUUUUAUCUCCAUGUAAUAUUUAGCCUACGUGUACUAGUCAAUCACCUGUGUAUUUUUAGGGUGCUACAGAAAUAAUGAAGAAAAAAAAAAACGGGGAUUAAAAAUAAAAAGGAAUUAAAAAAAAAGAUGAAAUACGGAAACCAAAUUGAUCCUUUGUACAAUUUUUGAUAUUAGAGGAGAUCAGAGGAGAAUCCAAAAGAGAAAAAGUACAAUCCGAAGCAACACGCAAAAAUGGCCAUUGUCUUUGUUUGUACAUGGUAUGUACAGUACAAUGCAAUCAUUUCAUACUUUAAACUGGUCAGAAGAAAUAAUUGUGAUUUUUAGUCUUGCAAAACUGUAUGUAGUUAGAUGAUGUGACAACCUAAUAUUUAUCUAAUAAAUAUGUAUUCAGAUGAAACCUGUAUAUUAGGUGUUCAUGUGGUUAUUUUGUAUUUAAAGAUCAAAUUAUUUGACUAUUGCUAGACAUUUAUAUACUCUGU